AGAUUGCGUAGGGUGAACUGAACUGGGUAUCCUUAUGAACUUCUCGCUGUGAGACUGAAUGUUCGGAAGCCGGGUCGUUAUGUUGAACAGACAAGAAAAGAUGAUAUUAUCCCGUCUUCUCUGUGUGUGUACGGUGUCGGAUUUCUUUAUGGUGCACGGUGUCGUUCAUGCCAAUUUACAAACAUUCUGCAGCAUACUGACAUGUGGUAGAUUUAUAAGUACGUUAUAGACGUUUCGUGGCUUUCGCACAUUUCAGUCUGCUCUAGCCAGCCAAAACAACCAUCCGUCCAUUCUCUAAAGUAAGAGUGGAACGUUCACUUCCGGUUUAUUUUUUUGGAAGAAACGAGGAAUAUGUAACUGCCAUGAAAAGCAGAGAAAUCUCAGGUUGAUACAAUAACUGACCAGUUUACAAGUCAUUUUAUUCAGGUGAAAUUUGUCCGUGGCCAUGUGUGGGAGCUGCUUUGGGCUGUGCGGGAGGGAAGUUGAGGAGUCCUCACUUCCUGAGCCGGAGGGAGAAGGCGGGGGGCGGCUAUUCGACAAGGUUUCACGAGAAGAGAGGGACACCUCGACCAUUCCGGGCGUCAUUGGACGACGGAGGAGAAUUCGACGACUUCAUUGCAGAACCGGGUUCGACGUGGCAGUGUAUGCCAAUGGAAAGAUUAGGGGCACGAAGUCUCCCAGGAAUAAGUACGGUCUAUUGGAAUUUGAAGCUGCUGGUCUGGAUGGUCAACUCAGAAUAAGGGGGGUUUCUACAGGGUUUUACAUUACGAUGACUCCGAAGGGCAGAAUUGUUGGGCAGCCGGAAAAGGAUCAGCCAGAUUGAAGCUAGAAUGGGAGUGACAACAACGUACAUGUCAUUACUUUCUCAAGAUUUUGCUCACCUUGGGUGGUACUUGGCAAUAAAGAAAUCCGGAAAACCGAAAGCAGGUCACAAGACAAACCAUCCAUAUCCACAAAAAGCUAUUUCAUUCCUGUCCAGAGUGGUCGGAGAAGAGUUUUACUAAUCCUAAGUUACCAAAUGUUUGGUCUCAAGUUCAAUUUGUUGUGAGCCAUGAAAACAUCUUCAGAGCUUUAGAAGAGGUUCGAAAAUUUUGUGUUCCAAUUUUAACUACUUUACAAAUAUAUAGAAAUUUAUGAAUCCAUUUUACAUGUGUAUUGUUAUUUUGUUUUGCCUUUCACAGUUUUUUCCUGCUUAUAUAAAUAUAACUAAUAACCACUAAAUUCGAUUCACUUAUUAGUAUUUUUUGAUAUGAUAUAUUACAUGCAAAAAUAAAACGAUGAUAGAUAAAGA